CAUGUACGGUUGGCUUGCGCUCUUGAGUUUAGACCCUCAGCAGGUUGGGACAUGGGUUCACUUGUGGGGCACAAAGAACGCCCAUUCCUCCCCCAUUCCGGUUAUUCACAUGGAAAUAUCUCAGGGUAACGGGGCACGAAGGGCUCUGCUGUACGGAUAAACAGUUCUACUGAUUCAGACACAGACAGGCCCUCAGUGCUAUUGAAAAUGUUCGUUAGGAAGGACGAUUCAACAAGCAAGGUUUCCAGGUUUUUGCCUGACUGGGUGAAGCAUAUGCAUGGCCAGGACAAGGAGAGACAGUUGAGAGGCUUGAGGGAGGGGCGUCUUGAGGGCAUUCCUGAGGAGCCUGGGAAGAAGACUAAGGGUCGUCCUCCAGCCAUGACUGAGACUUACGACUCGUUCCCAGCCUCCGUCGACAUGCGGAAGACAACUUCGCCAAAAUCAGGGGGGCGAAGAAGAGAAUCCAUAAGCCACACUUUACAACUUGCCCUGUCACAAACUCGGCCAGAGUUGCCACUUCUCAGCCACCCCGUUGCUCUGUCAGAUCUGACGUCACCCGAUCAGCAGGGAUGGCUGUUUUCCGAGACUGACGGCACCAGGUAUUGGUGCGUGGUUGCGGACAUGUUGUUCUGCAUGUUCGAGAAAGAAACCUCCGAACAGGCCGUCAAGGUUCUCGUCCUACCGGGAUAUGACGUCAGAGCUCUCACGUUUCAAUCGGAAAAAGUGCGCGAAGAGCCGCACGACCAUGACGGCAAGGAGAACGACGAUAAACAACAAGACACCCUCAAGAGAGCGCGCAGCUUGACGACAUCGGGAAUGGGAAAGUUCCAAUUCCAACUUUCGUACGAGAACUUCGAAGAGGCAGAGUUAGUGUUCAGUGCAGAGAGUGAAGCAGAGGUGCAGUCCUGGGUGGAAGCGCUAACGGCGUCUUCGGAACUCGAUCCAGACUUUUUCACGGAUUCAGGCACCGAACAAGAUGGUGAGAGUUCAGAAGAAAACGCAGUCUCUAAGCUAAGCGCGUACAAACCGUCGCCAAAGCAAGCUAGGAAAAGAAUGGAUCUCGUCAACCAGCCUCAUAGCAGUAGCAGCGAUUCUGAGGAUGAUCAGCGGCAUGUUCAAAUCGCACCCAUAUCCUCCUUGCAGACUCCCACCAAAGACGGAGCGAGUAGGGAAAGCAGUCCGGGUGCGUCGCCGCAGCUAUCUCGCAAGGCUCUACACUCUCCAAAACCUAAAGUAUUGUCCAACCUUUUCGGCAACAAGUCUCCAACGCUGCAGAAGAAAAAGAAAUUAGGAGUUAACAUUGUGCAUAAAGUCUCCACGCUUAAGGACAAAGUGACCGGGCAGCUUGUUCGAUCAAAGUACAUGAGAAGCGAUUCCAACACGAAACUCGAGGAUGCAGUCAUCUCUGGGCAGUUACACAGAAAGGGAAAACUGUCAUGGUCCAAAUGUUACAGCGCUGUGAGCGGCCAGCGGCUCUACUGCUACAAGUCUCAUAAAAUGGACAGCGAACCAGACGCGGUAGUCUCGCUCGCAGGCUCCACGGUGGACAGUUACGAUACAGAGAAAAGACCACAUUCUUUUAAGAUCACCGAGGCCAAUGGCAAGACAACGUUCUGGUCUGCAACGGACCCAGCCGAACUGAAUCGGUGGACGACAGCACUUAAAGUUGCAGCAUAUACAGUUGAAGAAAACAGUAAGAUCUUGCAAAACAGUUUUUCAAGUAGCUCGGGCUCCGAACCCCAAACCCCGAGUAUCAUCAUAUCACAAGAAGAUGACGGCUCUGGUGAAGACGUUUCGGACAGGGACUUAGAGGAGAACCAAAGCAUCUCUAGAUUUAGAUAUUCAAAGAAAAGCUUCCAAGACAGCUAUGGAAUCUUCGAGAAGCACCUGCCUGGACCUAACAACGAAGGGCUGCUGUUGGUAGACGACAGUGAUGAAAAGUCCAGUGCAACGGGUGACGAUUGGACGGGGAUGUUUGCAGCUGACUCGGAGGACGAUUCCGACACGUCCGAUGAUGACGACUCCGCGUUCCUGGUUCUGCCGAUAACGAGAAACAAGAGUACGUGGGCUUCGGUUGGGGACCUACCAGUCGCCAUGGCGAACGAACACGGCAAAAAAACGAGAACCCCGUCCGGAGACUCUGGACUCGAGGGACUCAAUCUAGAACACGGCAGGAGCUGGGAAUUCCAAGAGGGCGGUGACACGUCUGGAUCAGAACUGGAGAUAAAAUGGCAGCAGGAGCUGAGAGAGUUACAGAAGCAGCAGCUGCUGGCCGAGGUGCUGGCACAGAAAGAACAGAUCCUACAAAAGAAGAGCGUCCUCCCCUCUCCUGUUGAAGUCGAGAAGAAGAAAGAGGAGAUCACCGCUAAGUACGAGAGGGCCCAGGAGGAAGAGGAACUCCGAGCACUGAGGAAAACAACUAUCCUGAACCAGAGAAGAAACUCCGCUCAACUCAAGGUGGACGGGAUCACCAAGAGAUUGAAUCUACCUAAUAAGAGCCCUAAGAGCAAGCUGAAAGCAAAGGAUAACGUCGAGACGGAGGCAUUGACGAAGCAGCUGAACGAGCUGAAGUUGAGGCAAACAGAGCUGGCGAGGGAACUCACGGUCAACGAGACACACAAGGCGGAGAUGCUGCAAAGUUUAGAGUACAAAAAAGAGCUCGAGCUGCGCAUCAUGGAACAGGAACUGCGCGUGCGCAGUGACUCUCUCGGAAACCAUUCCCUCAGGAGCAUCGACGAACAGUCGGACCCCAGCAGCAGCCCGGUCUUCCUCAGGAAACAACAGUCCUUGGACGCGCCCAAGAAGACAAGCCCAUUCGGAAAGCGCAAACAUCGUUCGUUGGAUGCCAAACAUGGCCGUCCACACAACCGAAUAUUCGACGCCCUCGCUAGUCCUCUGAUGUUGAGAAAGCAAGCUGCUGCGUCAGCGAAACACAGGACCUUAGAUGAACCAAUCACAAACGAGAGAGUAACGAGAGUGGACCAACCAGAGGGCAGCUCUGAAGUAGAUGCAGCACAGGACUCGAGUUCGGAAGGAUCAGGAGGGAUCGAGAGUUUGCAGAAGCCAAGUCUUCCAAGUCCGUCAAAAUCUCCAAGGAACGUAAGGAAGAAGCACCAGUCGGCUAUAGAAACCAGAGACGUAAGUGAAGCACUCGGUCUCCAAGGCGACAGUGACGUCAGAAGACGCUCGAACACGGACCCAGACCGUGACGUCACAGAGGGCAUGAAGGACGGCAUCAGCGCAAGCGCACUAGCUGAGAUAGAGGCGUUUGAAGAACUCAUCAAAAACUUCUCAUCAACAUAAGGGGAGCUGAAAUCGACGGCCAUCUAGAAGGAUCUGUGAUUACUGUGUGACACAUGUGCAAAUCUCAUCUCUUUUGCAAAGAAAGAGUUUAUGCAUCGCAAAGAGAAAAUCUUUGCUAUUUAUGUGAACGCACAGUUGAGACAUAAACAUUUAUUUGAAAUGUGAAUUUGUACUGAAUUUGUCGGCUGAUUUUCCACAGGUUUACUGCUUGUGAAAAAAUCCACAGAGGACCUAUCUGACUUAUAUGCAUUUGUCUAAACUAAAGGGCUUUGAAAUUUACCAAAAUAGAUAUCAUUAACUAACUACCUAGCUUGGGAGGAUAUGUUGUACAGAAUAGAUCUAUAGUAGGCUCUGGCAAUGGAUAAUGCCAUUAUGACAUUAAUAUUCAAAGUUAUUGUACGUUAUACGGUUUGUAAUAUGCUACGUUAUCACAAGUACGUUGUGUACAUGGGAGAGUUUUUUUUUACAAAUUGCUAAGAUACUCCAAAUAUCAACAGCUUGGAAUCAAAUGUUAUCGCUACCGUAUCACAAAGUGUCUCUAUAUGUGUAUAGCAAGUUGUGUACAAAAUGAUGCCUCAUACUGCAAUAAAAUCCUGUUGAAGAAAGCAAA